UCGAGCUCUUCACAGUUGGUGCCGUGGCCCGACAAGGAUUCUCUAAAACCCCGGCAAAGGAUCUCUAUACGUAUAAGAGCCUUUGACGGCCAGAACGUUACCUCUUGGAGCCAGGGGGCGUUCUACGAAACUGGACUGAUGACGAGAGAGAACUGGGCUUGCCAAAGGAUUAGCUCGACCCAGCUUGUCCACGGAAGCAGCUCGUCUCGGCGAGAGCAACUGCUUUGUAAAGCUUUCGGAACCAGGUCCUGCCCAAUCACUAGGGCAAGAUUAUACGUCGUGGUCCAAGGUGUUUAUGAAGCAGAGCUGAACGGCCAUCGCGUCAGUGAUGACUUCUUAGCCCCUGGAUGGACAGUUUACGAUAAUCGUAUCCGGUACCAGACAUACGACGUAGCUGACCUACUCAAAUCCUCUGAUCAGAACUGCCUUGGCUUUCGUCUUGCUGAUGGUUGGUUCUGUGGACGCCUUGGUUUCUUUGGCGGCCGACAACACCGAUGGGGUCCUUUUUCUACUUUGAUGGCACAGCUUGAGAUAACAUACGAAGAUGGAACGGUAGAGUCGGUAAUUUCAGACUCGAGCUGGAACUCGAUACCGGGACCUGCAACCAAAGCCGAGCUGUAUGACGGAGAAAAGUACGACGCCAACCUCGCGAUCCGACAUUGGUCUAGUGCGAGCCACUCGGUUGAUGCAGGUUGGGAAUCAGUUACUGUACUUGAUCCUUUGCCUGCAUCUGUUGGAUUUGUUUCCGGUUGCUCGGAACCUGUUCGCCGAGUAGAAACCAUCCGUCCCGUUAAACUCAUAACCACGCCCUCGAACAAGACGGUCGUUGAUUUUGGCCAGAAUCUUGUCGGAUAUGUACGGAUCAAGGGAAUCAAGGGGCCAAAACACCACAAAGUUGAGCUUCAUCAUGCCGAGGUUCUUGAACAUGGUGAACUUGGCCUUCGACCCCUCCGCUUUUGCGAAGCGACUGAUGUGUAUAUUUGUGACGGCGACGCAUCUGCUCAUUCGUGGGAGCCCAAGCUCACUUUUCAUGGCUUUCGGUACUGUCAGAUCGAUGGUAUGGCAGAUGACAGUACUCUUCUCGAUUCAGUCGAGGCUGUUGUGUGCCAUACUGACAUGCGACCCGUGGGAGACUUCUCAUGUUCCAAUGAGAACCUCAACAAGCUCUUCAGCAAUGCACGCUGGAGUACGAAAGGAAACUUUCUUUCCAUCCCUGCAGAUUGUCCCCAGAGAGAUGAGCGUCUGGGGUGGACUGGAGACAUUGCUCAAUUUGCUCCGGCUGCCGUGAAGCUAUUUGACUGUCACGGCUUCCUGGAAGACUGGAUGGUGGAUGUGAGAUAUGAUCAAGAUUGCCGAAAAGGUAUCCCAGCAUAUGUCACACCCAACAUAUUUGGUGAGGAUCUUGGAAUCUGGAACCUUCCACUGCCUGUCGCGAUUUGGCAUGAUGUGGUUAUACUAGUACCAUGGGCUCUCUACAUGGCGUCUGGUGACAUGCAGAUCCUCAGUGACAACUAUGACAGUAUGAAGAGGUGGAUCGAAUCUAUACCGCGGGAUGAUAAAGGCCAGAGGAGGUUAUGGGCCAGGGACUCAUUUCAACUGGGUGAUUGGCUAGACCCAACGGCACCACCAGAACAGCCAAUGGACGGGUCUACAGACCCCAUUCUAGUGGCAGAUGCGUUUCUCACUCGUUCAUUAGAUUUGAUAGCUCGUGUUACAACUGCACUGAACAAGCAACAAGAUGCUCGAUACUAUGCUCUAGCGGCAGUCGACUGCCGUCAAGAGUUCCUGGAAGAAUACGUGUCACCAAGAGGCCGCAUCAGCUCAGAUUCUCAGACAGCUUAUGCUUUGGCAAUCUGCUUCGAGCUGGUGUCCGAUGAUCAACUGUCUUAUGCAGGUCAGCGUCUGGCUACCAUCAUGAGGAGAAACCAGUUCAAGAUCGGGACAGGCUUUGCGGGAACGCCAUUCUUAUGCGAGGCUCUUAUCCGUACUGGGCAUGUACAAGUAGCAUACGCUAUACUGCUCUGCCAAGAAUGUCCCUCAUGGCUAUACACUGUUAAGUCAGGUGCAACAACCAUGUGGGAGCGUUGGGAUAGCAUGCUACCCAAUGGCGACAUAAACCCCGGUGAAAUGACAUCCUUCAAUCACUAUUGCUUCGGCUCCGUGAUAACGUUUUUAUAUGAGCGUCUAGGGGGCGUGAAAUGUCUUGAACCAGGUUGGACAAGAAUCCAGUUUGCACCACAGCCCGGUGGUGAUAUACAAUUUGCGAAUGCGUAUCAAAAGACACCUUAUGGGUUGGCGUCUAUAGAGUGGAGGGUGGAGGAGGGCAAGUUCUUUAUGGAGAUUGUUGUUCCAGUUAUGACAGAAGCCG